GUUUUCAAUCUGCACCUUCUUCUAUCUGGUCUGCGCAUGUCCACCUGUGUGGAUCCUGAAGCUGCAACACAUGGACGAGAUGAAUCGGAGAACCGAGAAUGCAACCAACAUGGAAGUUGGCUUUGGCCCCCCACCCGAACUGAUGGGAGUAGACUAUAA